AUGGUGGCGCGCUGUCAUAGGCCGAGGCACGCGGCGCGGCACUGGCUGGAGUACCUGGCAGGCGGGCUGUGUGGCGUGGCGGUGGGCACGUGGGUGGUGCGACACAGCCGACUCAAUGGCAGUGACGACUUGGAUAGCUGGGUGGUGUGGCACAGCCGACUGAACGGCAGUGAUGACCUCGACAGGUGGGCUGCAGAUGGGUGGAGAGCGGUGACAGGGUUUGUCACUGACCACAUAUGGCAACCGCUGUCAGCAAUCAGUGCAGAGCUCUUUCACACGUUCAGCGACCAGCAGAGGGGCAACGUGUCCAUGCAUGACGUGCAAGCCUCCACUGACUCGCUGCGGAGAAUGCUGCUGACCUUUGUUGAGAAAACCCAGCCACUGGCACUCGAAAACACCAGCACCACAAGCACCACCACCAGCACCAGCACCAGCAGCGGCAGCAACAGCGGCAGCGGCAGUACAGGAGCAGCUGAUGCACAUGUGGGAGCAGGAGUGCCAUCAGAGUCGGAUCUGAUGGCAUUGGUGAUGCGCGAGUAUGAGAAGGAUAUGGCUAACCCCCUCACUCACCUCCUCACGGGGAGGCUGGCUGAAGCACUGUUGAUUCAGGUUCAACGAAUGAAACUGCACAUUGAAACAGCCAUGUUGGAGCAGAUAUCGAGGGCGAAUCAGAUCAUCUUCGCUCUGCUCACCCUCUUUUCCCACUCCCUCUCACCUCCUUCCCGAUCCUCCCGUCUUCCUCUUUCCCGGACCCUUGGCAACAGAGCCACGUUGGAGUUGGAGCAGAUUCUGAGGCCAUGCGAUGAAUGCCCAUCUUCCAUCCAUGCCGGUGCCCAUACCCAUCAGGCACGGGGUGCGGAAGGAAAAGGCCGGAUGGCACAGACAAGACGACGGAUGCUACUCGCUGACGUGGAGCGACACGUGUUGCUGCGUAACCACCUGCGGGUGUCACCAUCGUCCAAGGCGUUACCACCAGCCCAAUCGUUUAUAUCCACGUCAGCAGCGCCCUCCACGUCAGCAUCAGCACCACUUCCCGGAUCAACGUCGGUGUCGACUCUCAAUCCCAGCUCAGCGCCGUGUGAUGAUGUGGCAUCAUCAGCGAAUGACGUGUCAUCAUUGGAUGACGUGGCAGUGUGGCACGGCAUGUUGGUGUAUCUGCUGCAUCGGCUGUAUGUGGCGGUGCAACGACAAGCCAGCAAGGAGGGCGAGUGGUCACGGUGA